CCCAAAGCGCUCUCUCUCUCUCUCUCUCUCUCCUGCGCGCGCACAAACACAAAAUUCGUAUAGUAAUUUCAUCGAGCAGUUGGGGGGCGAGGUGGCGAAACCCACGGAGUCAUGAAGGGCAAGAAGGCAACAAUGCUAACAUUUGCAGAGAAAUGCAAGAGCAUAUUGGCGUCGAAUUGGCAAGGCCACCUCAAUACCAUUAAAGCUGACGCCAAAGGAAGCAAGGGAGAUAUCUACACAUCAAAGGUUAAGUACAUACUCAGAAGAGGGAAGCCAUAUAUUUGGGUGCCUGAAGAUGAUUUUCAUAAUGUGAACACAAUCAUUGAUGAACGUGGUUCAUUUGCCGUGAGCAGUCCCUUCCCAGGACCACUGUCAAGCUUGCUUAGAUCGAUGAAGAAGCUACCAGCUCGGGUUGCUUUGACUGGGGAUGUAGAGCCUCUUAAAGAUGGAAAGCUCCGAUACCUGUUCCUCAAAAGGACUUACAGUUCAAUAUAUCACCUAAUUGUGGAGCCACACCUUGCUCAGUCUGCAACAGAAAGCCUUAGAGAAGUCAUAUUAUCUGAACAGAAAGCAAUGAGUGAGUGCAGUUAUACGGUUUCCGGUGUAUUAAGUUCAUCUAAUCCUAGUUCUACAUCUCGAAGUGAGAGCCUUAAGGAGCUAUUGGAAGGGGAUGAAAAAUAUGUGAUUUAUAAGUUCAAUUUGAGUUCCUCCAUGUUUAUUGAUGGCAAUGGAGGCACUUUUGAAGUAGAUCUGGAAGAUAUACGAGCAUCCAAAGCAGAUCCGCUAGCACGCUUCUCUUCGAGGCUAAUUGAUGGGAUUAAUCAAAGUGAAGCAAGGCGUAGAGCUUUGAUGCUCUUUUGUUUUGUAUACUUCAAUGCAAAUGCAAGGGAUGCAUAUGCGCUCUCUAUUGAUCGCAAUGGAUUUGAUGUGCUGGGGAAGGUCCCUAGUCCAGUGUUGAAGGAUGGCUGCAGCCAAUUCCAGUGGAAGGGGUUUAGGUUCGCGUUGAAGGAAGAGGCAAAUGAUGUUGAAACUUUCUGCCGUCAACUUGUGGAAAUGGAAGAGGAGGCUGUCAAAAAAGUAUCAGGCUACAGUGGUCUAGGAUAAAGUAUCUAAUAGAACAUAUUAUUUUUUCUUUUUUCUUUUGGUUCUUAGUCAGAAAUUUGUAUCAGGGAAUGUUAUCACUGUGAUUUUUGCUUAACUUGGAUUGUUGAGACCUUAUAAUUGUAUUGCAUUCUUCCAUCAGCCCAAACCAAUUGCCAGAUGGGCAUGGCCUACCGAGUGCUGAGUGUGAAUGAUAGCCAAGGAUAGCCAAGGCUUCCUUCCAUUGUA